AUGGCCCAGAUGUCUAUGGCGAACCACUGCACCCGCACGGAUAUCAGGAUCGCUCUCUCCUCCUCGACCCGGUCCAUGUUGGAUCAGCAGACACGUUCCAGGAGUUUCACCUCUGGAAUGCCCCUGGCAGAGAUCGAGGACACGUUCCUGAGGCGUUGGAAGAAGGUGGCCGGCCAUGAAGCCAGGAUCUCGUACGAGACGCCCAUCCAGGACCCCAAAGAACUGAAGUCUUAUGACCUCAUAUUAUGGGGUGCUGGAAGACGCUCCUUAGAUGAGGCCCUGCGAAAGGAGCUUGGUUGCGAGGUGAAGAUCGGUGACAGUCAGAAGGUCAUUGUCUUCCAGGUCUUAGAGUUGCCGGGCGAUGCCUGGCAAUUGGGCAGCCUGGACCUCUCAGGUGCCACAGUCUCACAGGGCGGCCGGCCAUUGCGGGUGAUGCUGCGUCCAGGGUUCGAGGGCGCCUGCGCCUGCUGGCUUUGGGUCUUUGGACUGCCUGCGGAUUUGUUGAGCUCCUUAACUCCGAAGCAGGCCUCCACCGUGCCUCGUGAUAGCCUGAUCGAGGCCUUUGAGGACCUGGUGGGCGACUCCGGGAUGGCUCUAAGGCCAUCAUUGGAGGCGCUGCAGCAGCGGAUCAAAGGCACCGGCAUCACCGCGAGGUUCGUGGAUGCCUCCUUCUGGUCUUCCGACUGCGCGGUUUGCCAAGUGCCAUUGGAACCGCCGGUGCCCUUGGUGCUCAUUGGAGACGCCUUAGCCGGAAAGCCCUUCUACACUGUAGUGAGACCACGAGCUCUUGGAGUCCACUGCACCACCGGUUUCCACCGGACCCAGGGCUCGACGCUGAACCGACACUUAUGGGAUGUGGCGCAGCUCAUUGAGGAGGUGGAAUUUGCCUAUGAUGGGGGACCCAUAGAUGUGGCACGCUUUGGGAGCUACGAGAAGCGCUACCAGGAGUGUGUGCGGCGGAUUGGCGAGUUCCAGCGAAAGGCACGGAUGCCCUGGCCGUCCAUGCCUGCCUUGCGCGAGGGGCGUGAGGGGCGGGGUGCCCUGGAAGAUCCCAGGAGGCUGAUUCUUCGCCUCUCAUGA